UCGAUGGGGGGACUAACGUGCGCGGUGGUCGCAGCAGCCUUAACCUGCGCACUCACUCUCACUAUGGCUCUCGGAUAUCAGGACCCAGUAAUCCACCAAGUGACAGACGACCUUCACCCGAAAUUCUCGGGAAACGAGCUUCUGGGGACGGAGAAGAAGUUCAAGAUCUUCAUGGAGAAGUACGGAAAGACCUACGGAAGUAGAGAGGAGUACGUGCGCCGCCUCGGGAUCUUCGCCAGGAACAUGCUCAGGGCCGCCGAACACCAGGCUCUGGAUCCGACCGCCGUGCACGGCGUCACGCCCUUCUCCGACCUCUCCGAGGAGGAGUUCGAGAGCAUGUACACCGGCUUUCGGGGUGGCCCCGGAUUCGGCCACGGGAACGUUGCAAAUUCUGCGGCGGCGGCGGCGGAGGUCGAUGGAGGUGGCCACUUGCCGGAGAGUUUUGAUUGGAGAGAGAAGGGAGCUGUUACCGAUGUUAAGAUGCAAGGUUCAUGUGGAUCAUGCUGGGCUUUUAGCACCACAGGAGCUGUUGAAGGGGCUAAUUUUAUUGCAACUGGCAAGCUUCUCAAUCUCAGUGAACAACAGCUUGUCGAUUGUGAUCACACGUGCGACGCAACCGAGAAGGAUGCUUGUGACAACGGUUGCGGUGGGGGACUGAUGACGAAUGCCUACAAGUAUUUGAUGGAGGCGGGAGGAUUAGAAGAGGAGAGUUCCUAUCCCUACACCGGAAAAAAGGGCGAGUGCAAAUUCAAUCCAGACAAAGUGGCUGUAAAAGUUGCCAAUUUUACCAACAUUCCUAUUGAUGAGAACCAGAUUGCUGCAAAUCUAGUCCACCACGGUCCUCUCUCAGUGGGGUUGAAUGCCGUGUUCAUGCAAACAUACAUAGGGGGAGUGUCGUGUCCCCUAAUAUGCGGGAAGCGAUGGGUGAACCACGGUGUUUUGCUCGUCGGAUUCAGCUCCAGAGGUUACUCCAUUCUCAGGUUUGGGUACAAGCCCUACUGGAUCAUCAAGAAUUCAUGGGGAAAGCAGUGGGGGGAGAACGGAUAUUACAAGCUCUGCCGAGGCCACGGUAUGUGUGGCAUGAACACUAUGGUCUCUGCAGUUUUAACUCAAACCUCUUGAAAAUAUGGUUUGAGUCGCUCUUACCUGCAGGCUCGUCUGGAGUAUCUAUAUACCCGGAACGUCUAAUAUAUAGAACAAAUAAUUGUCUUUUCCUUCAAGAAAAACAAAACAAAAACAAAA